AUGGCGAUGAGGAGAUUCUACAGCGAGAUAAAGGGGAAGAAGGUGAGCGAGGUUCCGGAGCACGUGAAACCGAUGCUGUCGUUAGAUUACAUCAAGAGAGCAAUUAAGCGUGGCAUGGACAACUACCACGCCAAGUACAUCGAGACCAGCUCCCCCGAUCCCAUCUUCCAUGUCUGCUACGGCGGCAUGAUCUUCUCCUACCUCGUCGCUCUGCCCCACGAGCGCCGCCACCUCGAGCACGCUCAGCAGCACGCCCAGCAGCACCACUGA